AUGGCGACGAAUCUAUACAGGACCCUCACCAGUCAGUCCCAAAAGUCGCAUCACUCCGAACACUCGACCGCCACCGUUCAAAACACCUUGACCAAGACCACCACCACCGAUCCUCUUACUGGGACACUAAACCAUCUUACGCCUGCACAAGAACAACGACUGGAAGAUUUCAAGGCGCAGUUGGAAAAGGGUGGCUGGUGGUCGCCUGACGGGAUAAAUGGGAAGCCCACGCAUGACGACGGGACGUUGCUUCGUUAUUUGCGAGCCCGCAAGUUCGACAUCGCAGGCGCGAUUGGACAAUUCACCGACACCGAGAAAUGGAUGAAGGAGCAGCGCGUCGUCGAGCUCUACGAUCACUUUGAUGUCGACUUCUACGAGCGAGCCCGUCUGAUGUACCCUCAGUGGACCGGCCACCGCGAUAAGCGAGGCAUUCCCAUCUACGUCUACCACAUCAAGGGCCUCGACGGCAAGAAUGUCGCCAAAUACCAGAAAGAGUCGCAAGCAUACAAAGACAGCCUUCCCUACCACAAGACCCUCGCCACUCCUGCAAAGUUAAUCCCUCUGUUCGCUCUCUACCAAAAUCUACUUAAUUUCGUCAUGCCUUUCGUCUCAACCCUCGAACGACCCAACCCAGAAGUCCCAGUCACGAACUCUACCAACAUUGUCGACAUCUCCGGUGUUGGUCUGACGCAGUUUUGGAAUUUGAAAGCCCACAUGCAGGAUGCCAGUGUAUUAGCCACAGCACACUACCCAGAGACACUUGACAGGAUAUUUAUAAUCGGAGCACCCGCUUUCUUUCCCACCGUCUGGGGCUGGAUCAAACGAUGGUUCGAUCCAGUCACCGUCUCCAAAAUCUUCAUUCUCGGCAAACAUGAAGUCAAAUCCACCCUCUCCACCUUCAUCGAUCCCAAGGACUUCCCCAAAAGAUACGGAGGUGAUCUCGAGUGGAAUUGGGGCGAUCUACCACACUUGGACGACGAGACACGAACGGCACUGGAAAGAGAUGGAAACAAAGGCUGGGUUAAAGGCCCUGCUCUCUGGCUCGAUAAUCAAAGACUGGUGGUUGGUGCUGAGAAAGGCAAGCUGAGAAGACCAGACAGCGAUGUCGAGGCCAAAUUACCCAUCGUCUAUGCAGCAGAUUAUACCGAAGUACCAGUCCAUCCAGAUCGCAAACUGUCCAAGGGAAGCACGAAACCAGCAAAGACGAAUGCAACCGCGCAAUCACAUCAACAAGCCGAAGCUGCAGCGGAGACGGCCGCACCAGGAGGAGCGACUCAAGCAGCCAUAAUAACCGACAAGACUGAGCCCGAAAGCCAGACUGCAGAAUCGCCGACUUCGACAUCGCUAGCACCUCCACCGGUGACACAACCAGCCAGCACAGAGCCCGCAAAGGAAGUCGACACCGAGGGCAAAAAUCUGCGAGCCGCAGCUGACGGUUCCGCCGUGCACCUGCCCGAUCACCAACCGGCCCAUCCAGCCGUGACGGCCGAAUAUCUCUCCUCGAAGAGCAACAUCUCAGUAGCACCCCCUGAGACCGCACAACCACAACAAGAACCAGCAGCACCCACCAACCCAACACCAGCAGUCGCCGCCGUCCCAGCACCACCCACAACAUCAUCAGACGCCCAACCCCAGACGGAAAGCAAACCCCACGCCCACCCUCCAGCACUCCCGCAAUCCGGACCUCUCCCAGAGCACGUCAAGAAGAUGAAUGAGGCAGUCGCACAGGCACUGUCGCAAGAGUCCGUAUCCGAGAUCCCCGCGACGGCCAACGGCCACGCCGCCCACCCGGAAGUCCUCGUCGCCAGCGACGCCAGUAAAGGCCUGGCCAUCGAGUCGGAGAAACUCGGCCGGCCCCCUAUCGAGCGCUUUGUCACUGCGGCCGAAGUCAAGUCGUGA